AUGGCAUCUGUAUCUAAUUUUUACAAACAAACAAUAACAGCAGUCUUUUCCUUAAUAUCUACAGAGCGAUUUAAAGUUGAUGUAAAUAAAUUUGAUGAACAAAUUAUCCAAAUAUUUAAAAGUAUUCCAUCAAAACUAUAUGAACCUAAGAAUCGUAUUUGGAACUUUUCCAUACAGCACCAUGACUUAUUACUCUUUGAAUUACAAAAGUUACGGGAGAAGGUAACAGUUGAACCCAUACCAAAAUUUGUUAUAAACUGUUUGAAAGUGCCACCUCGUGAAAUAGAAAUUGAUUUUAAUAGGCUUGAUCCUGUAUUAUCUGCUGCUCUUAUGCCUUUUCAGAUUGAAGGUUUAAGGUUUGGAAUCAAUAGAAAUGGUAGAUGUAUGAUUGCAGAUGAUAUGGGCCUUGGCAAAACUUUCCAAGCUCUGGCUAUAGCUAAUUAUUAUCAAAAUGACUGGCCUCUUUUGAUAGUUACUACUGCUACAAUGAAGACUCAGUGGGAGGAAACUAUAUCAAAUUAUUUACCUUCAAUUUCUAUUUUACAAGUCCAGUACAUGGUAUCAGGAAAAGAUUACAUUGGUGAAUCCAAAAUUCUUAUAUCCUCCUAUGAUUUAAUGACUAGAUGUUUAGAAAAACUUCUAGAAAGAGGAUUUGGGGUCAUGAUCAUAGAUGAAUCUCAUAUUCUCAAAAGUUACAAAUCAAAAUGUUAUCAGGCGGCCUUAAAAUUAGCAGACAAAGCUAAAAAGGUGAUACUCUUGAGUGGUACACCAGCAUUGUCCAGACCAAGUGAAUUGUAUACUCAACUCAGUCUAAUAGAUAAGUCCUUCUUUGGAAACUUCUUUCUGUAUAGUAAACGAUAUUGUGAUGGCAAAACCACCAAAUUUGGCUGGGACACUUCAGGAAGUUCCAAUCUACAAGAACUUGAAAUAAUUCUAGCAAAAAAGUUCAUGAUACGUAGAACGAAAGAAAAUGUAUUAUCAGCAAUGCCCAAAAAGAGGCAGGAAAUUAUCAAUUUGGACACAAAACUUAAUCAGUUUUCCAAGGAAGAAAGGGAAUGUUUGCUGGCUUUAGGGGAACAAUUUGUGAAACAGAAAGGGGCAGCCAAACAUGCUGCUCUGUUGACAUUUUUUUCAGAAACUGCUAAAAUUAAAAUCCCCUCUGUAUGUUCAUAUGUCCUGGAAAUAUUAGAGAAAAAGGAAAAAUUUUUGGUGUUUGCCCAUCACAAGGUUAUGUUGGAUGCUCUAGAAGAUCUUAUCAAGAGAAAAAAUAUUAAAUAUAUUAGAAUAGACGGUACAUCAACAACAGAUCAAAGAAAGUACUUUAUUUCAAAGUUUCAGCUAGAUGACAAAUACUUGUGUGCUAUUUUGUCGAUAACAGCAGCAAAUGCUGGAAUUACGCUUACAGCUGCUAAGCUAGUGUUAUUUGCUGAGCUUCAUUGGAACCCCAGUAUCAUAAGUCAAGCUGAGGCUCGAGCCCACAGAAUAGGACAAGAAAACGAGGUUUUAGUCCAGUAUCUCCUAGCCGGCGGUACAGCGGAUGACUCCAUUUGGCCUCUUCUUCAAGAAAAACAACGUACACUGAACGCUGUAGGACUUUGUAGAGACUCAUUCGAAUCGGUCAGCGUCAGCAAACAAAAAUCUCGAGUCAGUAGCGAUAACGUCGAUUCUCUGCACUUAAGUGGCAAUGAUAUUACGAAUUAUUUUACUCCGAAAAAGAGAAAAAUGGAGGAACUAGACGAAGAUAUCUUCGACGAUGGCUUUGAUGAUUUGCUUAGUGAGAGUACGAGAGAGGCCGAAGACUUACUGAACGAUGGCAUGGAUGAUGUACUUUGUGAUAUUGACUUUUAA